AUGCCGUCACUUGACGUGUCUAUUCCUCACCCGUCUUACCUCACAGUCCGUGUUUCGACCCCCCUGCCCUUCGUCUCCCCCGUGCUCCCUGUGCGCCCCUGCGCGCCCCCGUGCGCCCAUGCGCCCCUGCGCGGCCCCUCCCAGGCAUGCGACUUCGUGUUCAACCGCUCGGCGUCGCUGGCGCCCAUACUGGCGCUCGUCGCCAUGCGCCCCGACCAGCCCAUCUCCGCCGCCAUCCUCCACAAGGCGGGCAGUCGCCCCGUGGUGUCCGCAUCCCUGCAGACCUGCCGCGCCCUCAACACCCUUGCUCUGCGCCUGCCGUCGUGUCCGGCCUUCUCCUUCCUCUCCCCAUCUGCCGCCAGCAAUGGCGUGCGCAUCGCCGGCAAGGCGCUCUCCCUCCUGCAACUCGCUGGAUUGAUUGCUGUUGCUCGUCAUCCUCGCACUCGUACUUUCAAGCUGGUUGACUCACCUCGUCUCGCCCGUGUAUGUGCCACUGUCUCUCACCAUCUCUGUCCAUGCAUGCAUGCACCUGUGUGUCUGUGUGGGCAUGUGUUUGUGCUGCACGUGUGUCUGUAUGGUGUGUGCUCUGGGCCUCUCUGUGUGCUCUGGGCCUCUCUGUGUGCUCUGGGCCUCUCUGUGUGCUGCAUGCCUCUCUGUGUGCUGCAUGCCUCUCUGUGUGCUGCAUGCCUCUCUGUGUGCUGCAUGCCUCUCUGUGUGCUGCAUGCCUCUCUGUGUGCUGCAUGCCUCUCUGUGUGCUGCAUGCCUCUCUGUGUGCUGCAUGCCUCUCUGUGUGCUGCAUGCCUCUCUGUGUGCUGCAUGCCUCUCUGUGUGCUGCAUGCCUCUCUGUGUGCUGCAUGCCUCUCUGUGUGCUGCAUGCCUCUCUGUGUGCUGCAUGCCUCUCUGUGUGCUGCAUGCCUCUCUGUGUGCUGCAUGCCUCUCUGUGUGCUGCAUGCCUCUCUGUGCACUGCAUGUCUCGUGCCCAUCAUCAGAGUCGGCGCUGUAUUGUCUUCCGCGCUCUCUGAAGCCGCCUCAACCUGCUUCUCUGCUGCUGUUCCGAUGUCGCUGCUUUCGUGCCACCUGCCUCGCACAUGCCAAAAUCACUAA